AUGUUGAGAGUAGGAGAUCUUGGUGAAGCCCCGGUUCAAGUUUUAGUGACUUGGGCAUCUGGGUUGAAGGAGAUAGGUAAUUGCUACUUUAAGAAAGGGGAGUUUAAAUCGGCAGUCAUGGUUUAUGAAACAGUCUUGGAUGUUAUUGUUUCUGAAUUCUCCAUGGAGGAAGAAAUGGAUAAUAAUAUCACCAUACUUGUCAAUUCUUGUUUUUCGAACUUGUCAGCGUGUGAAUUAAAGCUUGGAAACUAUGACACUGUCAUUUCUUUAUGUUCCGUCAUCUUGGCUAGGGACCGAAACAACACCAAAAGCCUCUACAGAAGAGGUCAAGCGUAUGCUAGAUCUGGUGAUGUCAAAUCCGCUAUGUCAGACUUUGAAAAAGCAUUAGCAUUAGCACCUCUUGAUAAAGCUAUCAAAAUUGAAAUUUCAAGCCUUCAUGAAAAAAAUCAAAGGAUACCAUCUUGA